AUUACUGCCAGCCUCCGGCCGUAGUUACUAGCAGUAAUAGCUGGACUUUGUACAGGUGUACUUUUUACGUGGGUGAAUAUAUAUGUGACCGCUGACUCCACUGCCACAGCCACUGCAGGAAGCCUCGUGCACUGUGGGACGCAAUACAACGGGUUCACACACGUACGAGAGGAAAACACAGCCUGAAGUAUGAAGGAGCGGACCUUGAGUGGUGCGGUAGUGUUGGCUCUGAUGAUGAUGGUCGGUGCUGCAGGGUCCAGCAGGCCGCCCAACAUCGUAGUCUUCCUGGCCGACGACCUGGGCAUCGGGGACCUGGGCUGCUACGGUAACACCACCAUCAAUACUCCCAACAUCGACAGGUUAGCGGCGGAAGGUGUAAAGUUGACCCACCACCUGGCGGCCGCCCCAUUCUGCACCCCGAGUCGCGCCGCCAUGCUCACCGGCCGCUACCCUGCACGCUACGGUCUGGUGAGUCGAACGCCCGAGGUGUCCCCAGUGAUCGUCCACGUGGCCAGCAAGGUGGCGCUGCCCCUCGACGAGGUGACGCUGGCCUCCGCCCUCGCCUCAGCCAAUUACACCACGGCUCUUGUUGGCAAGUGGCAUCUGGGGAUGUACUGUGGCUGGCUGGGGCGCUCUUGCCCAGGACCCCUCAACCACGGCUUCCAGUCCUUCUUCGGCAUCCCUGUCACCCUCUUCAUGGAAUUCCGAGGACAACACCAAUUCUGGAGGUUCCCGCUAGACGAAACGAAGUUCCAGGCCCUGGCUGUGACGUGGGUGGUGACCGCUGUGACUCUCCUGGUGGCGGCUAAGAACCGCACGGUGCGUCUUUCCAUCCUCCUCACCUUCGCCUUCAUCACCAACUUCCUCCUCUUCCUCGUCUGGUUCGCCUUCGCCCAUGUUUCCCAGAACGUGGAUUGUAUCUGGAGCGUGUCACCCUGGAUGCACCAGUUCUUAAAUUCCAUGAUCAUGAGGAACGACGUGAUGGUAGAGAGCCCCAUACAGCUGGACGGUCUGUCGCAGCGCCUGGCGCAGGAGUCAAGGGAGUUCCUGGAGGCCCACGCCAGCGACCAGAACCCCUUCUUCCUCUUCCAUUCCUUCCCACACGUCCACACGCCCAUGUUCACGGCGCCCCACAGGGCAGGCGUCAGUAAACACGGCAGAUACGGGGACAACGUAGAGGAGAUGGACGAGAGUCUGGGCGUGGUUUUGGACGCCCUCAAACAGUAUGGCCUUGAGGACAACACCAUUGUGUACUUCACUUCAGACCAGGGCGCCCACCUCGAAGCCAUAGACUCUGAUGGCCAGCGCAUCGGAGGCCACAAUGGCCGCUUCAAGGGCGGCAAGUGUCAGGGCGGGUCGGAGGGCGGGAUCCGGGUCCCUGGGAUCUUCCGGUGGCCGGGUCAUCUGCCCAGGGGAGUGACCUUAGACACCCCUACUUCCCUCAUGGACCUUCUCCCCACUGUCCUCUCCCUCGCUGGCCUACCCUCACUCCCACAACUGGUGCCUUCCGCUGUUGACAAGGAACUGGACGGGGAGGACAUCUCUGAACUGCUGACAUCUGGGAUGCCCCGGGAAGCUCCAAGAAUCUUUCUCCACCACUGUGGACAAGAUAUACACGCCGUCAGACUUGUUACAGAGGAUCACGUGUACAAGAUGUACAAUGUGAAGCACAAUUGGUACCCGGGAAGCACACAGUGUGGCUGGGGAUACGACGUGGCGUGUUACUGCUCUGGCGACGGCAAUGUCACCGACCUCACACACCAGCCAGAGCUCUGGGACCUCGUCACCGACCCCUACGAGGACGGCCAGCCCAUCAGCGCCCACACCCAGGAGUAUCGUGACGUUGUGCGGACGCUGCAGGAGUACCUGGAGCAGUGGGAGGAGAGGGUCCAGUACGCUCCCUCUCAGCUGGGCAGCAAACCAUAUGUUAUUUGGAGGCCCUGGCUCCAGCCUCAUUGAUGCUGAGCUUGUCAAGACUCUACAUACUAUAUCAUACUGUACACCCGUCUACACCCACUGUCCUGCCCUGUACACCCGUCCACACCCACCGUCCUACCCUGUACACCCGUCCACACCCACUGUCUUGUACACCCGUCUACACCCACCGUCCUGCCCUGUACACCCGUCCACACCCACCGUCCUGUCUUGUACACCCGUCUACACCCACUGUCCUGUCCUGUACACCCGUCCACACCCACCGUCCUGUACAUACCUCACGCACGAUCCUGCCCUCUCCCAUCGCUGGCAGAGACGCAGGGCGGAGAAGAAAGGUGAUCCUAUAGACCAUUUGGAGACAAGACUUAGAUUCACAGAAGAAUGAGCAUGUUAGAGCAUGUUAGAGUCUUUGAGAGAAUGUACCAAUUAAUCAACAACACCUGUAAUGAUAACCUUUUGUACUUUCUUAUAUUUAAAUAAAUAUAUGAGUUUUCACAAAUAAAAGAGAAUGAGACGUUGGUGUAAAAUCUCUGGCAAGGAUCCAGCCCGUCCUCUCGACAUGAAAUUGAAAUAGAAAUAAGUUUAUUGAGGUAAAAUACACAUACAGGGAUGAGGUAGCUCAAGCUAUUCUCACCCCGUUCAGUACAUCGUGUUAAUACAUACAUAGACACACAUCACAAACAAUAAACAUAUUACCAAACAUUCUGAGAGAUAAACAUCUACAUUUCCUAUCUCGACUUGUCUCAACGGAGUGAAAAAUGGUGUACUAAAACGCUCUAUUUAAUUUAAUCUAACCUAACCUAACCGAUGAACCACGUACAAAAAACGUGAACUUUAAUGAGUUGUGUGAAGAUAAUAAAUUUAUUACGCGCUGUGA